AGUUGAUGUAACAUAUUAAUUUGAUGAUUCUGAUGAGCUGAAGUAAUGUAAAAACAUUUAAAACUGUAAAAUAGUAUGUUAAGUUAAAAUGACUUGUAAAGUCAGUUUGAUUGCAUUAACUUAAGGCAAACUUAAGUAGGGCUGGGUAUCAUUUGAAUUUUUUCAAUUCCAAUACUGCUUAACGAUUACGAUUCUUAUCGAUUCUCAGUUUCGAUUCCAAAGUUGUAAAAAUGAAGCGAUACAUUUAAAUAUCGACCUGUAUGGUCAUGUAGCAGGGGCGUUGCUAGACCUAAAGCUCUACUGGGGCACAGGCCGCCAUUACUUUUUUUAAUCACUUUUUUCUUAAAAACCUGCUGUGUGCAAGGAUGCAACACCAUGCACUAUACAAACUUCCCUUGCUUAAACCACUAUUCCUCCAGUGCAACAAUACUGGGGAAGGUAAAAUUUUAUGUAUUUAAAAAUAUUUAGGUAUCUGUAACAUACUUAACAUAAACUUUAUUAACAUGUUUGCAUUCACUUUAUGGAAAUAAUGAAAGCAGAGAUAAAUUUUUCUUGCCCAUCUGCAUUCAUUACACAAUGAUAACCAGGGGCGGAUUAUGACUUCAAAAGGCCCCAGGGCCAGUUACCUCCAAGGGACCCCCUUUCCACAAUUUUUCUGUUCUUUACCUUAGCUGCGCAUUCACAGUUAAUGUUAAGAUGAUAAUGAAUAUUACAGUUUUUCUAGAUUGCUAUCACACAAUUCAUGAAACAAUUCACCAUUUUCUGACAACUAUAAACACAUUCUCAGAAAAACAGCCUCAUUUUGCAAAGGUUUAACCAUGUUCUCAUUCAGAAAACACAAACACAUAAUAUAAUGAACUGAAGUGUCAAGAUGUGAACUCAAAUAGCACACAUUUGUCCAUUAGUAAACAUUCAGUUGCAAAACUGAUGACACACCAAUCAAUAGGAGCACAGGUAAUUGUGCAUCCUAGAAUCAUCUACUGGGCUUUAUACUACUUAAACAAACAGUAUAAUUACAGUACACAACUAUUACCUGUAGCACGUGUACACCCUCAAAUUUGUGAUUGUCAAGUUUAUAAAUUUGUGUUUGUAACCUUUUUUUACCUGUUCCGUAUUUUUGCAGAACUCAGAGACAACUAAUUACGUAAAGAAAAUCUGCUAUAGUACACUUUUACGAAAAUGGGCCAAAGGUGCAGAGGAUUGUAUUUGAUGACUCGCGAGUCGCGUGUCGUGUCGUCACCCUUGCGCGCCUACGCACGCAGCUGCAUGCUGUGUGCGGACAUGGAUUUCUGCGCGAAAGUACGGCACCAGUUUGUGUUUUCGGACCGGUUAAAAUGCGUGUAUGCUACUACGUUGCAUAUAAAUCCGUUUUUUGCCGCUUUAUUAUAAAUGUAAAUGAUUACACUGACAAAUAAUGUGCCCCAGUAAAAAAGGGGUCUACCGACGCCCCAUCAUGUAGCAUGCUUAUUGACAGGUUUGCAAAAAAAUAUAGAUAUAUAUGAGCACCGUUUACAUAGCAACCAUGUUUUUUUCCGAUUUAUUACCAUUUGUAAUACCAAACAAAUACAAACAUCAUGGUUAAACUGUAGUUACUAUAAUGAAACUAUGGUAAAGGUUACUGUGUUUUACUAUAAAUACCAUAGUUAAACUAUGGUUACUACUGUAUAGUAAAAUGUGUUUAUUUUUAUCAGGGCUUUUUAUUGAGCAGAUCAGAAGUUAACACGUGCACAUUUUUAAAAAUGAAUUGAUGAGAGGAAUUUUAAUUUUAUAUCAAGCAUGCAAUUUCUAACCUUUCGAUUCCAAGUCCAGAAAACUUAAGGUAGCAAAUUAUUUUCUUGUCUACUAAAUCAUUAAGAUUCCAGUAUUCAUGGAAGGACUGUAGUACGAUUGCUCAAGCCAGUGCAACUUUUGCCUAGGGGAAGGUCACCUGACCAAGGCCCAUUACUGGUUUAAUGAUCCGGAUCUUGGUUCCCAACUGGUCCUGUGCCCUGUCAGUCACUCUUGCCCUAGAAGAAGACCUUCACCUCUAAAGGGACAGCCUUAAAGCUCCACACUUGCACAGGUGUUGAACCUCAGAGUCUACGUCCAUGGCUGAGAACCAGCCGUACCGCUAUGGGCUCAUCAUUUUGGGGAUGGCCCUGGUGGCGUUGGGUAUGUUCAUGAUUUCCGUAGAGGAGCCACAGGUUUUUGCCACAUUCUGUGCUAUGGGAGUACUGCUGAUGGGACUAGGAACAAUUUGGUCCGUGUGUCAGUGUUACCCGAGGGUGACUCUUAUACUUCCAGAGAAGGAAGAGCUCUGUGCAGCUGAAAGACAAGAUCCAUGUGCUGUUGAAAGCUUGGAUGAAAAAAGUCCAACAGAGCAAGUAAAAGCUCCCCUGGCUGGCUUCUGUGAUGAUGAAAAAGUAGAUAUAUCAGCAGAUCCACAGCUGCAUACAGUAGACAAACACAAAGAGCGUGCUAUUGUUCUUCACACAUCUCAAAGGUCUUCAGACCCUUCAACCCUGGCCUCCUCCAGCACUCCACUGCCAGAGAGCCGAACUUCAGGACCUGCAGGCUCUGACAGAGAGAUGUAUUAUGGGAAAGUGGAUGACUCAUGUUAUACAUCUGAUCUGGACAGUGAAUAGUUGACACUUUCCACAAAUAUGCUACAAAAUAUAGAGCUUUUUUUUCAGUAUAUGGUCAGUGAAGGAAGGUGCUUUGACCUUAAGAAAAUGUUGUUCGUCAUCCUCAGGAGGUCAAAAUAAAAGAAGCAGUUUUACUUUGUAUUAAUUUUAUUCAUAAAUAUUUUAGGACUCGUCUAGCAGUGAGUAUUAAAUAUAAUUGGAUAAAAUAGUAAUAGUUAAUAAAUAUUUUUGAAAAAGCCAUAAUGACAAAUGUUGCUAAUAACAAUCAAAUUUAGCAUAAAUUAACUUGGGGCUACAGCUCACACCAAAUGUUGGUUUAGUAUUUUAUAUGAAUUUAUAUUAAUAAAUUAAAAGAACAAUAUAAAUAAGAUUAAUAGGCUGCCACAAUAUCACAUAUUCAUUACACGGUUAUGGUGGGCAAAAUAAUUUACGGUAACACUAUUACGAUAACGAAACUGACUGAUGAUAUCUGUCAAAUUUAUCUUUAAUUUUGUUCAUUUUGUGUUUUGUCUUUUAUUUGGUCAAUUAAUUAUUUGGCAUAUAUUUAAAAGGGUGCUGAAUAGUUUACAAUAUUACAAUAUGUGUUGAACACAAUAUGAUUAUCGUGGUUUUAGCCAAUACUGGUGUAUUGUGACACCCAUAUUUAAGGAGUAGCUCACUUCAAAAUAACUCCCUUUCCAUAGUAAUUUUUAUUCCUACUAUGGGAUGUCAAUGUUAUUAUUUUUUUAAAGUGAACUACUCCUUCAGUGUUGAAGUCAUGUUGGUAUACUUUUCAUACAGUAUCUAAGGCUGUGUUUAUAUUUGUCAUUAACAUGCGAUCUCCGUGAUCCAAACAAGCAGAUAGGAUCUUCUGACAAUCUGGACACAGAGCGUUUACACUUGUCUUUUCAAUGUGUAUGUGGACAAAAUCCAGAUACAGGUAAAUCUUUAAAAACUUUUUUAAAUAUGAGGAUUGUUCUACUGUAAGGUAAAUAAAGGUGAUAAGUUCACGGGUGAUCAAAUACAUUCACCGGUGACCUUUGCUCUUGACACCAUAUGUGAGGAUAUUGAAACAGGAGCGGUUUGGAAUGUGGAGCUCAGAGCUCUUUGUUUUGAAAGAUUCUUCACAGAAGCUCUCAGCCAAGAGAGCAUAUCAGAUCAAACACUAAAUACAGCCAUAUAUGGUUUCAUGUCUGUUUGAAAAUUAUUUGAUUCGUAGAAUUGUUUUAGUUUAGCCACUUAGGUGUUUUAGCGAGGUAAAAACUGCAUCUUUGAAUAAAGUAAUCAUCUCACCCAUAAAGUCCUAAAUUCUUCCACACAAACACACACUUGUAAAAGGUGCUACAAAAGGUUCUUCCACAGUAAUGUCAUAGAAAAAACGUUUUUGAUUCUGCAAAGAGCUCAAUAAGAACCAUUUCUUUCUUCUUUGAAAAAUCUUAAGAAUAAUUUCUACAAAGAACACUUUGUGAAACAAAAAGGUUCUUCAGAUGGUAAAGGUUCUAUAUGCCAAAACCCUUUUGAUCUAAUGCUUAAAUGCUUAAAAGUCUUUAUUUCUGUCAUUACAAAACAAAUUUAAAGGGGUCAUAUGGCGCGAAUAUGUUUUUCUGUGUCUUUGGUGUGUUAUAAGUUGCCCAUGCAUGUAUUAGACACGUAAAACUGCAAAAAUGAAAGUGUCGGAACAAAAGAUGCAUUCUUUCUAAAGGCGAAUGCUCACCCAGACCUGCCUGAAACGCCUCGUGUAACCACACCCCCACAAAUCUAAGUCAGUUCGAGGUAUUUGACUAAGACCGCCCAAAUGUAUACGCGAGUAAGGUGGGCGAACCUGUCAGCCCAAUUGCUUUGGAACCUGAUGUUCCAAAUAUGGUAAGAGGCGUCACAUUUCCGUCACACGCUUGCAGUAUUCGACCAAUCACUACGCACUGAUUAACUGGCCAAUCAUAGCACACCUCGCUUUUCAGAGCGAUGAGCUUUGUAAAAAGUCCACGCGUUUCAGAGAGGCGGGGCAAAGAGGAGAUACAAACAUGCACGGUAUGUGGAAAAUACAGCGUUUUUUAACCUUAAAGGGGUGCUGCAACGGUGUGUCAUGCAUUCUAACACUUCUUUACAAUGUUAAACGUGCUGUCUUCUCAUGCUUAACAUGGUCAACUUGUCAAAAAACGAGUUGGGUGUAUUAAGUAGUGUUUCUGUGCUCGAUACACUCCCCCUGCGAUCGUACAGGUUUCGGAAAGUUUUUUUAGAACAUAUAAAACUGUUUCGUAACAAUUUUUCUUAGUCCCUUAUUGGACAAUUCUCCCGAAAAAGCACACGGCACGCCCACGCGGCAGCAAGGAGAGCAGGAGAAGGAGCAUGCGCAGACGUCACUUUCACUUGUGUGCAGGAGAGAGAGAGAGAGCAUACAUUCGCGAAGUUCAGGUGUUUGUUUGUUCACUGCAUUUGGGUGAUGAAUGUUAUAUAAACGGUGGAUGUAACGCUGGAUUUGGAGAUCGUUUGAAACUGAUAUAUGGAGCCGUCCCAGCACUAAAAGAUGCCGGACAUGAACCACAUGCGGUGAGUGAAACUGAUGUCUGUGUUUUGUUGGCAAUGGGUGCACACGUGCUUUAGUUCAGCCUACACCCAUCCCCUCCCCCCCCCCCGCGCCGUAUGCUUCCGUAAAAAAUCGUACAGCUGUAUCUAUCUUUUAUAAAUGUUAUCAAACUAAAUACUCUUCGAAGAUACGAAGUAUGCAAUACUACUCUAUAGAUACUCAAGAUUAAUACGAGAUUGGCAGAAACCGCGUGUGUUAGGACCGCUUUAAAUCGUGUAUAUUGCAUUACAUCUAAAACAAACGAUAAUAUUCGUUUUAGCCCUGUCAUAUGACCCCUUUAAAGUUAUUUCACAUUUUGUGGAUUGAUAUGGAUGACUUAUACUGAAGAAUGAAGAAAAGCACAAAACUUUUUUGAGUCUGAGUUUAAAAAGUUUCCCAAGUUUCCAAAAAAGUUACAUUUGUCUCAGUUCGUAUUUUGGUAUUGAUGACUUUAUUAUAGCCUAUUUUUCUUUAUUGUUAAUUCAUGUUAGGUGCACAUGUUAAAAGCCUACAUUAUUAAAUAAUUGAAUACAACUCACAAUAUUUCUGGGGCAACAUAUACACAUAUAUAGGCCUACACACACAAUGUGUUAAAAAACAUAGCACAAACUGUGUUAAUAAUUAACACAUUCUUUUUUCGAAUGAAUAGGCUAUAGCAACAUAAGAUGUUAUUUCUUUUUAAAAUAAUUCAGUGGCUAAGUAAAUAUCACAAAAAUAAACAGCUAUAUUAACUUAAUAAAAUCUUUUAAAAUAAUUGAAUAAUUCAAGUGAUUUUCUCAAUGGGACAUAUUAAAAAA